AUGAAGGAACCUCCUAGAGUUGAUGGUAGAUAUCUAGUGGUAUUCUCCAUUCAAAAUGAUGAAGAACAGUCUUUCAGCCUGCCUACACACCGGCAAAUGAAAGAAGACAAUGAUCUAUCUGCUGCUAUCAUCUUUCAAGGAGAUCCACCUAUGGCAGAGCAUGCGUUGGCCCCGGAUGAUGACUGUUUGAGUUCAGAUACUCUGAUUCCGGGAGGUGAUCUAAGCCAGCAGCCAAAAGCUGAUAUGGGCAAGGCUACCACCAUCCAUAAGAAGAUGACAGCCUGUAAAGAGGUUAUACAGCUCCUCGCCAUACAAGGAACUGAUGAUCGAUCAAGUGGCAAAAGAAGCGAAGAUGGUUUGGGCGAUCAUCUCAGCUCUGCAACUGGCCUAAGAAAGAUGCAAAAGCCAAUUCCUAAAGAACUUGCAUCCGACGGCUCGGAAUCCAACAUCUUCAUCAACUUUGCGGUAACGGCCGGUGGAGCUUUAUUCGAAGUGGAGGUGGUCAUUGUGACUGAAGCAUCAUGUGUAAUCCCACUCCAGGAUGACAUUGGUUGGUACGAUGCUCAAAAGAGUGAACGGCCCAACGCUGUCGAGGCCGUCAAAAGCUGCGGAGACCACAGAGAUUUUGGGCUACAUUCAUUCGAUGUAUAUGAUGGUUUUCUUCCUACACUGAAGAACCUAACUGUAGACGCAAUCCCCAAUCAGAUUCAACCUGACAGUUCUAUGUUCAAGAUUGCCUCUCUGCUGGUCGACUCCGAAGUUGGUCAGCCUGAUGCAAGCCAGUUAGCGGUUAAACCCUUAUCGUUGUGGAGAAAAAUUGGGCUAUUCGGGGGAGCCGGAGUGGGUAAAAGUCUCAUCAUGGAAUUGAUCAAUAACAUUGUCAAAGCCCAUGGAGGUGUAUCUGUAUCUGGCGGAGUACGAGAACAGGGAAAUGAUCUUUACAUGGAAAUGAAAGAAUCCGGAGUAAUUAAUCAACAAAAUAUUGCAGAAUCAAAAGUCGCUCUAGUCUAUGGUCAGAUGAAUGAACCGCCAAGAGCUCGUAUGAGAGUUGGUUUAACUGCCCUAACAAUGGAGGAAUAUUUUCGUGAUGUUAAUGUACUUCUAUUUAUUGACAAUAUCUCUCGCUUCGCUCAAGCAGGAUCAAAAGUCUCUGCCUUGUUAGGCAGAAUGCCUUCUGCUGUGGGUUAUCAACCUACCCUUAAUACAGAAAUGGGUUCUUUGCAAGAAAUAAUUACUUCUACUAAAGAACGAUCCAUAACUUCUAGUCAAGCAGUUUAUGUACCUGCAGACGAUUUGACCGACCCUGCACCUGCCACGACAUUUGCACAUUUAGAUGGUACUACUGUACUAUCAAGAGGAUUAGCUGCCAAAGGUAUCUAUUCAGCAGUAGAUCAUUUAGAUUCAACGUCAACUAUGCUCCAACCUCGGAUCGUUGGUGAGGAACAUUACGAAACUGCACAAAGAGUUAAGCAAACUUUACAACGUUGCAAAGAACUUCAAGACAUUAUAACUAUUCUUGGACCAGAUGAAUUAUCCGAAGAGGAUCAUUUAAUUGUAGCAAGAGCACGAAAAAUUGAGCGUUUCUCCUUCUUCAUAGCAGAGGUAUUUACUGGUUCUCCACGAAAAUAUGUUAGGGAGUUGAAAUUUAUCCUUUCCGGAGAAUUAGAUGGUCUUCCCAAACAAGCUUUUUAUCUGGUAGGUAACAUCGAUGAAGCUACGCAAAGGCUAUUAACUUAGAAGUAGAGAGAAAAUUAAAAAAAUGACCCUAAAUCUUUGUAUACUGACUCUUAAUAGAAUCAUUUGGGAUUCAGAAGUGAAAGAAAUUCUUUUAUCCACUAAUAGUGGCCAAAUUGGUGUAUUAUCAAACCACACGCCUAUUACAACAGCUGUAGAUAUAGGUAUUCCAAAAAGAUGCCUAAGCAGCUAUGAAUGGUGUCGAUUUCCUUGGGUGUAGGACGGAGUCACCCUUCCUUCAAAAAUAAAGUAGUAGUAGUAGGGUAAAUUUUCUUAUAUUAUAAUAGAGCCAUAGCCAUUGCUCGGGCUGCUUCAAAGGUAAAGAUAAUAGCUGACCGGCUUACCGACGGACUGGAACUCCACAUAUAUCUCAAAAGACCAAAAGAUAAAUCCAAAAGUCCUAAUCUUUUUGGAUUUCUAUUUCCUUCAUGAAACUUC